AUUCAAGGAUUACCGUUGCGUCGGAGGCCGUUCGUUCGGUGUGACUUCGUGGUGUUGAGUGAUCGAAAAGUUACGUUCUGCUACGGAGAGCGAGAGAAGCGAAGGAUUCGACGUCGGAGGCUGAACGAAAUGUGAAGACUACAAUCUUCAAAGGAAACCAAGCCAUCGUGACAUAAAUAAAUCCUCCACACCGAGCCAUGGGAACCUCCCAGAGCACGCCUUCUUCUCACCCUCGAAGCACCACUUUCUCGAGCCCCGAAGGACCUCAGGAGCCGCGGAUAGUUACAAGGACGUAUUCGGAGAGCGGCGUCCUGCAUGUUGAUAAUCUCACGUUGUUUGGGAGUAACACAACGCCAUCGCUAGGAAGUGGUGGUAACGUUACUCAGGAGGUGUCGGGACUCCGAGGGGCGUCUGGCAGAGGACUUGGGGGUGCUGAAGGUAUCGUAGGAGAGGAUCGGGAUGAGGAUGGAAAUGCUGAGGAUGUCGAAGAAGAGGAUAAGAAGCAAGAGAGAAAUGCUAUAGGUGUCGACAAGGAGGGUCAAGAUAAAGGCAGAAAUGCGGAAGGUGUCGAAGUAGAGGAUAAGAAUCAAGAGAGAAAUAAUAUAGGUGUCGAAGUAGAGGGUCAAGAUAAAGAUGAAGAGGCUAGAGGUGUCGAUCAGGAAGGUCAAAAGAAAGAUGGGAAUAAGGAUCAUGUCGAGAGUCGAGAUACGGAUGGGAAAGCUGGGGAUGGAGAUGAGAAUUUAGAUACUGGAGGUGUCGAGGUAGAUGAUCAAGAUAAACAAAGAAAUGCUGGAGAUACCGACGCAGAGGGUCACGAUACAGAUAGAAAACCGGGAGGCAUUAAAGUAGAAACUCGACAUAAUGAUGGAAAAGAUGAGGGUGUCGAAGAGGAUCGAGAUAGCGAUAAAAAUGUUGGAGGUGUCGACGUGGAGGGUCAAGAUAAAGAUAGAAAGGUAGGAAGUGUCGAAACAGAGGAUCAAGAUGAAGAUGGCAUAGGUACCAAUGGCGCAACAGACGUCAAAACAGAAGAAACAGAAAAGUCCAUUGACGAAGAGGAAUCAGGAAUUGAUUUUAUAAACACAGAAGCAGAAAAGGACACAGUUAAAUAUGAAAUAAGAAUGGACAGGCAAACAGAAAAUGCAGCGGCAGACAUAGACACGGUAGAUACAGGAAGAAUCAUUGUCGUAACUGAAAAGCAAGAAAAGGACAUGGAUAUCGGAGAGAAAUUCCCAGAAACAGUAACAAAAAGCACACAUGCAAAUGCUAGAAGAACAGACAUAGACACGGUUGAUAUUGGAAGAGACGUAGGCAUGGAUAGAACAAUAAGAGAUAUUGGAACAGCAAAUGUAGAAACAGGUAAUGCAUAUGGCUUCCUUACUACAAGUGACACAGACACAGACUUUGAAGAACCAGAUACAAAUAUAAACACAGAUACAUACGUUGCAGGAAUAGAUAUAAACAUAGAUGUAAGGCAAGACGAGGAAAAUGAAAGAGAAAUACACGGGACUGACACUGAGACAAAUAUAGACAGUACAGUAAAAGAUAUAUAUGGAGAUGAAACAAGUGAGAAAUGUGACACAAUUGAUAAAGACAAAAACACAAACAAAGAUGAUGAAGGAACUGAUACAACUAUAUUCAUACUAGAGAUGGAAACAUCCACUGAUGUGAAAGAAGCAGACGACAAGGUAGAUGCAGGGAUAGAUAUACAUGAGAGAGGUCUUGAUAAAGGAAGAGACACAGAUACACAAGGUGAAGGAAUGGAUGCAAACAUAAAUAUAACAGAAAAAGAAAUAUCUGUUGAUAAAGAAGAAAGAUGUGUAUGGAUUGAGGACUCUGAGAAGGAGGGAGAUAUAAAAGAAGUGGACGCAGACAUGGUAGACACAGGAAUAGAUAUUCAAGACACAGGUGGGGCGAAGCGAGAAGCUGUGAGAGAAGCAGUUAACACAGUUGCAGAAGCAGUAACAGAAGCUGUCACAGAGGUAGUAAAGACUGUCAUGACUGUCAGUGACAUAAAGAGUAUUGAUUGUGAUAGAGCGUCACUCACUCAAGAAGCUAUAAAGGAUGCGAUGAAUACAGCUGCAGCUCCUGCUUUCCCAGCUCCGUUGAUGAGGGAAUCAUGCAGGCAAGACGAGGACCUUGAAGGAGAAUGUACAGAAGUUCCCCCAGAGAAAGGCCAACUUCUUUCUGAAAGUGCAGCUGACUUUAUAGAUAGAAUAAAGAACUACAUGAAGGAGCAACAGAGUGAUGAGACGCCCAAUGCAACCACCGUCGCUGCUGAAGAUGCGGACGAUGGCAGUGCCUUAAUGCGGCUUGUCAAAAUUGUUGUAGAGGAAGCCGCAGCCGUGUUGAGAACCGUUCUGUCUUGGGUCGUCCCGGAUAAGAUGCCCUUGCAGCGGUAUGACCAGUACCUUCUCAGAGACAAGAAGAUGAGCCGAGCCUCUUUUCGCAGCGUCUUCAACAAGAGCCAUCAGGAGAGGCUUCAGAUAGAUCCUCCAGGAGCCACUUUCGACCUCUUCCUCUUGUGCCUCCUUCUCGAACAUGGAACCGAUAAAUUGGCUCCUUCCGGGGACGAGUUCUGGGUUGAACCUGGGAAUCAUCUCGAAUACCAACUGACAGCCUUGAAGGAGUUCCGGGCGAGCGUAUUCCAAGGAGGCUUCGUCACCCAGAAAAAUCUCACCGAGAAAGCAAAGUCAGCGGAAGAGAUCCUGACGAAGAUCCUCAAAGGUGCAGGAAGCAUCAGUGACGUCGAGCAUAAAGUGAUCACUCAGAAGAUCCAGGAGAUGACUGAGAACAUUGCAAGGGCCAAGAGCGAUGCACAUGUUCAGUGGAGCGUUAGCAGCUAUGGCGAGGCAAUUCUUAGUGAGGAAAAGGCACAGUUGUUGGUCUUCAUGGGUUCACCACAGCUCAGGCGUUCAUAUGACAAUUUGACAUGUCAGGGACUAGUGCCAGUCAAGAAUAUAAAUCAACAUCUACUGCUUGAGGCAAUAUUCAUGGAGGUAGACAUUGCUGAAGUUACAAUUGAUGGAAACUCCAAGAAGGUAGAUUAUGAUGAUCUAUUCAACAUUCACUCUACGCAACAACAUGGCACAGACAGACCAGCCUCCUCACAAGCUGUUCUCCUAGAAGGCCCUUCAGGGUUUGGGAAAACUACCCUCUCAAAAAAGCUGAUGCUAGACUGGUCCAAGAAAGCGAAUGUCCCAAGAGGAUUGGAUAACUUUGCGCUUCUUAUACAUGUAGAUUGUAGAAAUCCGCAUAUAAAAUCCUUCAGUGAACUGCUAAAAUCGCUGAUGCCCGGUGCAAGAAAAAUGUUUACGGAUGACGACGUGGUUCAGUGCCUGCGAGAUAUAAAGACUCUCGUACUUGUGGACAGCUUGGACGACUUGAACAUGUCUUCCCUCCAGAUUGUCCGGGAGGUGAUCACAGCGGCGAAAUCAAUGCGCAACAUGACUGUUUGGGUCCUGUCAUCUCCAGAGGCCGCCGAGGACUUCCACAAGACUGUGCUCAGUGAUCUGUCUGCCUCACGUUUAAGUAUCAUGGGUGUUCCCAAAGACAGGAGAGGAGAAUUGGCAGUAAGACUAUAUAAAGAACUCGUUCAACAUGACUGCGACAGCCAAGAGUCAGGCGGUUUAGAGGCCUUUAUCAAUGCUACUCCAAGACUGCUCGAGGAAUACUGGCGGUGUCCCCUUAAUCUAGUGUUGGCUGCCUCCCUCUGGGUCGCUUCUCCUGAGAGUGUCAAGAGCCUCCGAUCAGCCAUAGAUCUCCUGGUCCAAACUGAUAAAUUAUGUCAAAGGGAUCUUUUGGAGAUUUUGAAGGAAACCCCAAGUACCCGGCAUUUUGGUGUGUCAGAGCUAGAGGACAAAAUGAAGGUUGUCUUCUUCUGGCUCUGCAACGAGGCCUUAUUUGCCAUAAAGAGAAAUGGCAGAAGUCUAGCUGAAGAAUCCGUAAAGCGACUAGAACAUGCUUGUCAUUCUGUUGCUCUUCCUAGUGGUGUCGUAAUCUCCAACUUCCUUACCAAAGAGACUUUCUUGACAGCUUCUGGGGAACAGAGUGUGUACAGCUUUACACAUAAAAGGUUACAAGAAUUCUAUGCAGCUGUGGCCAUACUUAAUAGGCUCUCGGAGAAGGAAAACGACGUGGAUCUGACAAAGGUUCUCUUCGAUCUUCAGACAGUCCUCUCCAGCCACAACAUCUCAACUGUUCGAGCCCAAGAGGUUCUGAGACACGCACACAGUGUCCUUAGCGAGACAUCGGAGAACAGGAAGAAGGGCCUCUUCGGGAAGAUCAAUACGGUGUUCUCGUCACCCAGAGAAACAGCAAUAGUGACCAUCUUGAGGGAAGGGAGUCACCAUCCACCCACGCUACCGAUCUGGAGAUUCCAAAACGUAUUUGCCAUCCUACUAAGCUUCGUGUCUCUCCUCGGGGAAGACAUCAGGCAGGACACAGCUCGGGAACUGGUCUUGCUCCUGGAGAGAACGGGACUGAGGGACAAGGAAUCGUGGCUCGAUGUUCUCAUGAAUGCGGGAUGCGAUCCUCACGUUGCAAGGGAGAUGGCUCGCUGUAUCCCUGACGUGCUGGACUUAGACGGCAAAAUCACUGUAAGGGAUAGCCGUGUACCCGCCUACGCCGUACUCUUGAAGUACGCCCGACCCUCGAGAGUGAAAGUGAACAUCUCCAGCGACCCAGAGGUGAUUCCCAGCUGCUUGGACCUUUUGAUGUCACUCAGUCAACACCCCUGCGAGGUCCAGCUACUCCUCAAACACGAUUUCUUGCAUCCGAAGGUUAUCUCGAAUGUUUAUAAUGUGACAUUGCAUCAUGUCUUUCAGUGGUGUCGAGUGUCUAGGUUCGAGGGCCAAGUGACGCCCACUACGGCUCUGGUUCUCCCCGUCUCCCUCACCCACGCCUCGAUCUCCCUUCUGGAUGCCGCCCACUACAGCACUCUCGCGCCCAUCCUUGAUACUCUCCCUACCCGGCUACCAGCUCUCAACACCCUGGAUAUUCUGGUUGGGGAGGACAUGGUGCCAGAGGCCCUCCACGCCCUUCCCGUGGUGCGGACGGUCAACCUGUACCUCGCGGGCGUGAGCAGGUCUACCCUCGCGUGGGCGUGUGAAUGCGCUCGCCAGCUGGAGCCUGAAAACGGAUAUGACACCCUCACAUUCCCUAGAUCGACUCUGAACCAAGCAGACACCGAACUUCUGCAGUCACUGUUGUCUGCUGCCGGUGUGACAGUGCCAGGCGUAGGAGGGGUGACUGUGGUGUGUGCAGAUGGCCAUACGAUAACUAUAGAGUGCACUAAGCCAAAUGAUCGUAUGAAUGGACGGACUUGAAUAUUUGUUCAAAAGGUAAUAUUUAUUUAUGGAGCAUUUGUAUCCUUAAUCAGCCAAAGAUUAACAUUAUGUGUUGAUUUAUUUAGAAUGCCUUUUUGUAUGAAGUUCAUGGAAUGAUACAAACAAAGAACGUCAGUGAUGAAAAAGCAUUGAAAAUGGUUACUCAUUUUCAUUUAUAGUAGUUACCGUGGAAAGAAUUGCGUUUUCUUUGAUGCGUCACCCCCAUUUUUACGGUAACUCAUUUAAAUCUAAAUUAAUGUUAUAAACCAAAUAAUGUCCUUGUUUUGAUGAUUAGUAUUUAAGAAUAUAAAACGACGAAACAUGUAGUGUUUUCCAAAUAUUAAUUAAAAAAUUUCGAAAAAAACGAAAAGAUGUAAGAUUAUAAUUAAUAACCCAGUGAAGAAAGAGAAAAGAAAAGAAACUAAAUAAAAGAAAUAGAAGUUUCCGUGAGAUACGAUAAUGUCAAAGGUUGUAUGUACAUGCACCGUCAUAACCCUAUUUACAAAUGUUUUGCUUGUUAUGUUGCUGUUGCUUUAUUCAAAACUCAUAAAAUGUAGAUUAGGCAAAUAAAAAAGUAUUUUUCA